AAAAAUCAAAAAUCAAUCAAAAGCAUUUAAAGAAAGAAAAAAAAGUACAUCUGUCCAACAGCAGCAGCAGCAGCCCUCUGCUUCUCUCUUUCUGUAUGCAAUAGACCAUUUAUCAUAACAACAUAUACAAUCAACAACAAUGGCUGAAGAUGAUGGACUCAUGUUCAACUUUGACACGAGCGGUGUUAGCACGCCCGUAGUCACAGUGCGCUCCAAGCCCAAGGGCGGAGGAUGGAAGGAUCGCCUGCACCAGCGGCGAGUGAUGCAAUUCGAAGCCAAGAAGGCGCAGACGCCCACGCAAGAAGGCAUGGGCGCGAGAAAAUCAGAGAACCCCGUGGAAAAGGAACAGCAGAACAAGGAAGUCCAAAAGCUGCUGGGCGAGAUAAAGGGCGGCAGUGCCGUCACAAAGUCAAAAACAGCAACGGUCAACGCGCAGCUGUCGCACCAAGCGAACAAGCAAAUCAUCUCGUCGCUUUUUACCAAGAACCCUGAGAUUCCGUCGAUGCCGCGCAACCUGCAGCAGGAGCAUAAUGUGGCCAGCAACUCCGUUGUCGACACAUCGUCGUUUACGGGCAUCGGCCUUGACUCCGACAUUGUCGAGUUUUUGAAAAACAAAAUGGACAUCACCAAGCCGACAGCCAUUCAACAAAACUCUGUGCCCGUACUGAUCGGGAAGGAGCUGCCAAAGGCCAACGUCAGCGCUGCGAACGACGACGACGACGACACAUUCAACAUUGAUGCAGAGGUCAAGGUCGAGCACGACGUGUUCAUCCAGGCUGCCACAGGAUCAGGAAAGACCCUUGCGUACCUGCUUCCGAUCUUCCACAGGCUUUUGCAGGCAACAGCGACGGCGACUAGCGGGGCGCCGCCAUCGCGCGAGCUCGGCACGUUUGCCGUAAUCCUGACGCCCACACGUGAGCUGGCACAGCAGGUGUACGAGACUGCGCAGUCCCUCGUGCAUAUGCCGCUGUCCAGGGGCUCAGGCAAAAAGCUUCAUUGGAUGGUUCCUGGAAUCGUAAUUGGUGGUGACAGCAAGUCUUCUGAGAAGGCGCGCCUGCGCAAGGGUGUCACCAUUCUGGCCUGCACGCCUGGGCGCCUGCUGGACCAUCUGGAGAACACAAAGUCCUUCUGCGUCGACAACCUCCGCUGGCUCGUGCUGGACGAAGCCGAUCGCUUGCUUGAGCUCGGGUUCCAAGAGACGCUGUCCAAGAUUCUGGCGCUCUUUGAGGAGCGCGCCAAACGGCGCGGAAGGGUCUUGGGCCACACGUCCAUGGCAACGUCGCUGGAGCUCCCGCGCCGCCGCAUCAACGUUCUGUGCUCGGCUACUCUGCGCGACAACGUCAGGAAGCUGGCCGACGAGGCCCUGGUUAACCCCAAGUAUGUCAGCGCCACGAGUGUCUACGAGAGCGCCGAUCAGGCGGCCGCCGAUGCGCGCAGCCGCAAGCGCAACCGCAUGCUGACCGAGAACUACGAAGAAGGCGCACUUGGCAAGAAGAUUCGCCAUCUCGACAGCGACGAGGAGAUGGAGGGCGAGGAGGGCAACGCAGACGACGACGAGGAGAACUUCUCGGUUCCCAGCCAGCUUGUGCAGAAGGCUAUUAUUGUGCCGGCCAAGCUGCGGCUUGUCACAUUGGUAGCGCAGCUCAAGAACACCUUCCGCAAGCAGCCGACGAGCAAGAUGAUUGUGUUCUUGUCGUGCAAGGAUGCGGUCGACUUUAUGUACUUUUUGCUGUCACACGGCGCCAUGGAGCCCGAGGCCGACUUUGCAGGCAGCAAAAGCAGCAAGUACGCUGAGGAUCUGUUUAAAAACAUUGAUGCCACUGCCGGACAAGACGAGGACGAGGAGUCGGGCUCCAAAUCCGAAGGCCGCAAGAAGUACGUUGCGCCAGAGCGGACUGGCCCCACGCUCAAGGACGAGGACAUUUUCCUUGAAUCGACCGUGUUCCCGGGCGCCAAGCUCUACCGUCUGCACGGAAGCAUGCCCCAGAAGCGCCGUACAGAGUCAUUCCUGGCUUUCUCCAAGUCGCAGCACGCGUCGAUCCUGUUCACCACCGAUGUUUCCGCGCGUGGCCUCGAUCUUCCCAACGUCACGUCCAUCAUCCAGUUUGACCCGCCCUCGGACCUGGCUUCCUACCUCCAUCGUGUUGGUCGUACGGCUCGUCUGGGCCGCGUCGGUGAGGCCGUUCUUUUCCUACUCCCCAGCGAAAGCGCCUAUCUCACACUGCUGCAGGAGAAGGGCCUGCGUCCCGACGACGAAAGCAUGGAGGCCGUGCUUAAACUGAUGGCCAAGAGUGAGGGCAAUGUUCGCAAGGGCACCGAGUGGCAGCUGCGCGCGGGCGAGAUUCAGGUUAUGCUCGAGCGCUUUGUCAUGACCAACAUGACUGCGUCCCGGCUUGCCAAGCAGGCGUAUUUGUCGUCGAUCCGUGCUUACGCUACGCAUAUCUCGGCCGAGAGGCACAUUUUCCACGUGCGGUUCUUGCAUUUUGGUCACUGCGCCAAGGCAUUCGCGCUGCGCGAGACGCCAAACCAGGUAGCUCUCGGAAAGGGCAACAACCAGAAGGCGGUCGGCGUGAAGAAGGACAAGAAGGAGAAGCAGGAGAUGGAGCUGGCUAUUAAGAAGAAGCCCAAGUUCAAGAAGGGCAACGAUAUUAGCGAAUUCGCUGUUGGCGACAUCAGCGCAUACUACGGGCCUCGUGUUAAACACAGCAAUGAUGACAACGAGUAGAUAUGCUGUAGCUUUUGAAAAACACAUAUUUAGAACAGUUUAUUUAAAAAAGAAUUACCUUGCGGAA